AUGCAUACAGUGGCUUGUCGACGAGACUGCACGUUGGCAGCUUCCCGAUCUGUUAAUACAGCAAGCCUGCAGCCCGAGCGUAAUCACUGCAAACAGAGCACUGUUCAUCUUACCACUUCGGUGUGUUUGCCUGGCAGGUUUUCAUCGCUGUUAAAAUCAACUACUAUAGCAAAGGUCAAACCCCUGACUCUUAUUAUGGACUGCUGGGGUGUUGGACACUCUCCUGCUGUCCCAGAGUACUUCUGGGGUCCAGUUUCCACUCAAAAGCUUAUGGGCAAUUGUGUUGCUGGAAAAGUUAUUUGGGGAUUUGAACUGGCAGAAGUUAAACGUGAAAGAGUAGAUGCAGAGUGCUGGCAAUUUGGUUUGGCCAGAGCUUUGCUGUGGGACUUUCUUCCACGAGGUUCUGGAAUUGUAACAAGACGACCAUUGGUCUUGCAACUCAUCACUGCCAAAACAGAGUAUGCUGAAUUUCUACACUGCAAAGGGAGGAAAUUUACAGAUUUUGAUGAAGUUCGUCAGGAAAUUGAAGUAGAAACAGAUAGAGUAACAGGAGUGAACAAAGGCAUUUCUUCAAUUCCUAUUAAUUUGAGAGUAUAUUCUCCACAUGUAUUAAGCCUGACUCUUAUUGAUUUGCCGGGAAUCACUAAAGUGCCAGUAGGGGAUCAGCCUCCAGAUAUUGAGCAACAGAUCAGAGACAUGAUAAUGCAGUUCAUCUCUCGAGAAAACUGUCUGAUACUGGCUGUGACUCCAGCUAACACUGAUCUAGCCAACUCAGAUGCACUAAAGUUAGCUAAGGAAGUGGACCCUCAAGGCCUCAGGACCAUUGGUGUGAUCACAAAAUUGGAUCUGAUGGAUGAAGGAACAGAUGCAAGAGAAAUUCUAGAAAACAAACUACUCCCACUUCGUAGAGGUUAUAUUGGUGUUGUAAACAGAAGCCAGAAAGACAUUGAUGGGAAAAAGGACAUAAAGGCAGCUCUUCUAGCAGAAAGGAAAUUCUUUCUUUCCCACCCAGCAUAUAGGCACAUGGCAGAUCGGAUGGGAACACCAUAUCUCCAGAAAGUUCUAAACCAGCAACUUACCAAUCAUAUUCGAGAUACCCUGCCAGGCUUCAGAAGCAAACUCCAGAGCCAGCUGCUUUCUAUAGAGCAUGAAGUAGAGGUAUACAAAAACUUCAGACCAGAAGAUCCAACCAGAAAAACAAAAGCCUUGUUGCA